CGGGGGUGCGGCCUGGGGAACGCUGUCUGGAGGAGCGCUGGCAUGUCGGCUUUGACGCAGCUGGCGCCCUUCGUUCGCGUUGGAGGCCGCCUGUUCAGAGGCCGCCGCAUGCGGGUGGCUGGAGGCGGUGGAGUCCGUAAUGCUGGCGGCGGCGUGCACAUCCCGCCCCGGUACAGGCAGUUCCCCCAGCUGACCAGAUCCCAAGUGAUCCAGGGGGAGUUCUUCAGUGGGAUCAUGUGGUUCUGGAUUCUCUGGCGCUUUUGGCAUGACUCAGAGGCUGUGCUGGGUCACUUUCCAUAUCCAGAUCCUUCCCAGUGGACGGAUGAAGAAUUAGGCAUCCUUCCUGAUGAUGAAGACUGAAAGUGUAGAAUCUUUACAAGUGGGAGCCAGGUGAGAAUUUCAAGAAAUUACGGACUUCAUAUUGUACACUAAAGUUGUAAAUUAAAGUGUUUUGGUCAAGAA